AUGUCCCGCAAGCGCAUGCUCCUCGCCUUCUCCGCCCUCUCCGUCUGCCUCUUCGUCUCCUUCAUCGAUCAGACCAGCGUCUCGACCGCCGUGCCCGCCAUCGCGGAGGACCUCGACACGGGAACGGCCACCUCGUGGAUCGGGACAUCCUUUCUGAUCGCGUCGACGGCGUUCCAGCUCAUCAAUGGGCGGUUGUCUGAUAUAUUUGGCCGAAAGAAUUUGUUGAUGAUUUGUUUGGUGUUGAUGGCUGUUGGGGAUGUGCUUUGUGUUCUAGGCGCCGUCCUCGCCCUCGCAAACGGUGUCGGCCCUUUUGUAGGCGGCGCAGUUGUUCAAGAAUCGACAUGGCGAUGGGUCUUCUGGAUGGUCCCCAUCAUCAGUGCCCCGGCCGCCGUCACGAUCCUCUUCUGCCUCCCGUUGAAGCACCGACCCGGAAACUACAGAGAAAAGGUUAAGAAAAUUGACUACGGCGGCAUCGCGCUCAACAUGGCCUCGACGCUGCUUCUGCUCAUCCCACUAUCUGGAGGCGGCGUGACGUACCCUUGGUCCUCACCAUUCGUUAUCGCUGGAGUCGUUGUGGGCGCUGUGUUGGCCGUCCUCUUUGUGCUCUACGAGUGGAAGCUGGCGAAGCUCCCCAUCAUGCCUUUGCGAUUGUACCAGGCGCCGCACUGCAGUGCGUUAUUUGGGCAGACGUUCCUCAUGGGCCAGGCGUACUUUGGUAACUUGUUUUACCUACCUAUAUACUUCCAGUCUAUUCUCAACUAUGAGCCCCUUGUUUCCGGGGCGCUGAUCCUCCCCGUCAUCAUCACGACUUCGGGGCUGUCUAUACUGUCUGGGCAGUACAUGCUGCGAGUGGGACGCUACAUGCCCUGCAUCCUCGCAGGAUUCUUCCUCUGGACGCUGGGGAAUGGUCUCACGAUCCUCUUUGACCGCGAUACAGGCCUAGGAAAGAUGGUCCCGAUCCUCGUGGUCAUGGGCGCGGGGAUAGGCUUGACGUUGCAGCCUACGCUGGUGGGCAUGUAUGCCAACUCCCGCGCUGAAGACCGGGCCGUCACGACAGGGUUGCGAAACUUCAUCCGGACUAUUGGAGGCGCGUUCGGGCUCGUGAUUUCGGGAGUCAUACUCUCCAACACGCUGAGACGGGAUCUUCACGGGAAAGACUUUGUUUCCGAUGCGGUGAUUGCGGAGCUUACUUCGUCGACAUAUACCUUAGACCAAAAGGGGUUUUCGGACGCGGAGAAGACCGUGAUUUUGGAGGCGUAUAUGAAGGGUUUGCAUUACAUUUUUGUGUAUUAUGUCAUUUGCUCUGGGCUGAGCCUGGUGUUGACCCUUGGGGUUGGAAAUACGGGAUUGAAGGCGAAGAAGCCGGCGCCGUCUGAGGAGGCUUCGGAGGGUCCGAAGGAGGUGUCGGGAAAUGCUCCGAUGACUGAUCAAGGGAAGGCGAGUGGGAGUUAG